GGAAUUGUGCCCGUUUAAUCUUGCUCCGGUUACGUCCACGGCGAUCCAGAUGGUGUUCGGUGAUACCAUCGCCGUCGCACUCAUGGCGGCUAGAAAUCUCUCCAAGGAAGAGUAUGCAUCCAAUCAUCCCGCCGGUAGGAUCGGCAAGAGCUUAAUCUUCAAGGUAAAGAUGUUAUGAAAAAGAAAGAUGAGCUUCCGAUUUGUAAAGAAGGAGACUUGAUAAUGGAUCAAUUAGUGGAGCUGACUAGCAAAGGAUGCGGAUGUUUACUUGUGGUUGAUGAACAUCACCGCUUGAUCGGUACAUUCACUGAUGGAGAUCUUCGUCGGACUCUUAAAGCAAGUGGAGAAGCAAUCUUCAAACUCAGUGUUGGAGAAAUGUGCAACAGGAAGCCGAGGACAAUUGGACCGGAAACAAUGGCAGUUGAAGCUAUGAAGAAAAUGGAGUCCCCACCUUCGCCUGUACAAUUUCUACCGGUGGUUAAUGAAGACAACACCUUGAUUGGAAUUGUAACAUUGCAUGGUUUAGUUUCAGCUGGUCUCUGAACACGAAGCUGCCUCUAUGCCAGAGCUACACACAUAAGUUCAUUCUUUUACAUUAAACUCAGAUCCAGAAUAUUAGUGAGUUGUUGUUGAUAUCCACAGCCAGUGAAUUUUAUUGUUUCUAUCUACUUGUACUCCAUGUAUUGUAUUGUACUCUCUUAAUCAUUGUAUUCAUAUGUAUAGAGUAUAAGAAGAUUC